AUGACGUCUCCGAAGUUGGUCUUAUAUCUGACGUGUUUGUUCUUGGGAACAAUCGCUCAGACGACUGAUCGGAAAAUAUCUUCAAGUGUUCGUCAAGAGAAACGUUAUAUAUCUGCUAAUGUUGGAGUAAAUGUGACUUUGCCAUGCUACAUUGAAGAUGGUGAAACAAAUCGGCUUUACUGGUUCAAACAAACUCUGGGACAUAAACCAAGGCUCAUCUCAUCCGUCUAUCCUUAUGAUGCAAGACCCACUUUUUAUGAUGAAUUCAACAACAAGUCACGCUUCACACUUGAUCACGGAAAAAGUAAAAAUCACCUGACGAUUUUAAAUGUGCACAUUUCAGACUCGUCAACUUACUACUGUGCAUUUACCAAUCGAUAUGUGGUGAAUUUUGCCUUAGGCACUACUAUCAGUGUCACAGGUUCAGGUUUGAACAUCCCACCUUCAGUCCAUCAGUCAACAUCUGAGAUCAUCCAGUCAGGAGACUCUGUGACUCUGAACUGUACAGUACACACUGGCAGCUGUGAUGGAGAACACAGUGUUUACUGGUUCAAAAACUCUGAGGACUCUCCAGGACUCCUUUACACCCGUGGAGGCAGGAAUGAUCAGUGUGAGAGGAAACCCAACACACAGACACACACCUGUGUGUACAACCUGCCAAUGGAGAACCUGAAUCCUUCUCAUGCUGGGACUUACUACUGUGCUGUCGUCUCAUGUGGACACAUACUGUUUGGAAAUGGGACCAAGCUGGACUUUGAAGAUGAGGUUGACUCUCUUGUGUAUUUCUUGAGUGUAUCUUUGGCAAUCAACACCAUCCUGGUUGUUCUACUGGCUUUCAUAAUAAACAAGAUGAAGAAAAUGAACAGCUCCCAGUCAACAGUCUUCAACAAGAAUUCCAGCUCCGUCCACAGCAGAUUCAGAGAUUCAGUGAUGUUUCUUAAGAGUGGAGAGAGCAUCGAGAUGUGCAUCAUUCAACGCGGCAACACGAUGACAUCUCAUGUGAUCAUGUUAUAUUUCGGAUUUCUAAUCUUGUGGAAUACUGCUCAGAUGACGGAGCUGAAAUUAUCUGUUCAUCAAGAGAGUGGUAUUCUAUCAUUUAACACUGGGGACGAGCUUACUUUGAAAUGUUUCCAUGGCAGUAAUGUUGACACAAGAUUUUACUGGUACAAGCAAACUGUGGGACAGAAACCAAGGCUUAUCUCAACCUACUACAAGUACGAACCAAAUGGAACAUUUCACGAUGAAUUCAAGAAUCCACGUUUCGCAUUGGAUACGGGAAAAGGAAAAAAUCACCUGAAGAUAAGAGAUGUGCAAAUUUCAGACUCAGCCACUUACUACUGCGCAAAUAGCCAUUCUUACCAGUUUGAAUUCAGGGAGGGAAUUACAGUCGAUGUAAAAGGUUCAGAUUUGAGCAUCUCGUUUUUAGUCCAUCAGUUAGCAUCUGAGAUCAUCCAGCCAGGAGACUCUGUGACUCUGAACUGUACAGUACACACUGGCAGCUGUGAUGGAGAACACAGUGUUUACUGGUUCAAAAACCCUGAAGACACUCUUCCAGGACUCCUUUACACCCGUGGAGGCAGUCAGUGUGAGAGGAAACCCAACACACAGACACACACCUGUGAGUACAACCUGCCAAAAAGCGUGAAUCGUUCUCAUGCUGGGACCUACUACUGUCCUGUUGCCUCAUGUGGACACAUACUGUUUGGAAACGGGACCAUGCUGAACUUUGAAGAUAAGGUGGAUUUUCUUAUCUUGGUGUAUUCCUUGAGUGGAGCUUUGGCAUUCACUCUCAUUGUGAUUGUCUUACUGGUUUUCUUACUGUGCAUGAUGAGCAAGAGAAACAGCUGCAAAUGUACAGAGUCUCAUGCAAGAGUUCCAGCUCCCUCCACAACAAAUGCAGAGGGUGACCAAAAUGAAGUGACCAUCCAUUACUCAACUGUCAGGGAACAUAAGGUCAACCGAUCCAGGAGACAAAGGAACAGCCCCAAGACUGAAUGCGUGUACUCAAGUAUUAAGUAGUCCAACUGUACAUGUUUUAUAUGUGUUCCUGUUCAAAAAGACAAAUAAAGGUCUUCUAAGGGUUUCUAAGCAAGCCCAAAAAUUGGA